AUGAAUGUCCCAGUGCAGAUCCUGGCAGAAUGUUCCAGAUCAGACCCCCUCAACCUCUUAUCCUCGAGCGUCCAGACAGGCACCAGUGAGGCAGCGCUCACCUCUCAUUACACUUGGGAAGCUGUUGAUACCAAAAACAACAUGCUUUACAAAAUCAGCGUCUGCGGAAAGGUGGAUGUGCCCCAGUGCGGGCCCUCGAGCGCCGUCUGCAUGUACGACAGGCGGGCCAAGAAGUUCCGCUCUGUGGGGAACUCUGAUUUGAGAAGUGCAACCAGAUCUCUUCUGGAAUUCAACACAACAACCAGCUGCGAGCCACAGAAUUCAAAUCACAAAGUCCAGAGUAGCAUCACCUUCCUAUGUGGGAAAACCUUGGGAACUCCUGAGUUUGUCACUGCCACAAACUGCGUGCAUUACUUCGAGUGGAGGACUUCUGCAGCCUGCAAGAAAGACAUAUUUAAAGCCCAUAAAGAGGUGCCGUGCUCGGUGUUUGACGGGGAGCUCAAGAAGCGCGACUUGAACCCGCUGAUCAAGAUCAGCGGGGGUUACCUGGUGGACGACUCUGACCUGGACACGUCCCUGUUCAUCAACGUCUGUAGAGACAUAGACUCGCUGCGGGACUCGAGCCCGCAGCUGCGAGAGUGCCCCCCCGGCACCGCCGCCUGCCUGCUGCGAGGGGGCCGGGCAUUCGACGUGGGCCAGCCCAAGGAGGGCCUGAGAUUCCUGAGCAACAACAGGCUCGUCCUGAGUUACGUGAAGGAGGAGGCGGCCACGCCGGACUUCUGUGCUGGCCACAGCCCGGCAGUGACCAUCACGUUUGUGUGUCCGUCAGAGCGGAGAGAGGGCACCCUCCCCAAGCUCACGGCCAAGUCCAACUGCCGCUUCGAGGUGGAGUGGGUCACCGAGUACGCCUGCCCCCGAGACUACCUGGAGAGCGGGAGCUGCGUCCUCAACAGCGGCCAGCACAACAUCGCCGUCAACCUGCAGCCCCUGCGCAUCGUCGCUAAACCCACCCCCUACUACGCUGUGGAUGGCGGGGAGUACACGUUCUACCUGAAUCUCUGCGGAGGCCCCAGGACGGGGGUGUGCGGGCAGGGCACCACCGUGUGCCAGGUGAAGAAGUCCCAGACCCUGCAAGUCAAAGUCGCCGGCAGGAGCCAGAACCAGACUCUCCGGUACUCCGACGGAGACCUCACCCUGAUCUUCUCUGGCGGCGAGGAGUGCAGCUCGGGGUUCCAGCGUAUGAGCGUCAUAAAUUUUGAGUGCAGCGAGGGCUCAGGCGACGACGGGAAAGGAGCCCCUGUGUUCACGGGAGAGGCGGACUGCACCUACUUCUUCACAUGGGCCACCAAGCACGCCUGUGUCAAGGAGAAGGAGGACCUCCUGUGCGGCAUCAUCGACGGCAAGAAGCGCUUCGACCUGUCUGCGCUGGUGCGGCACACAGAAACGGAGCAGAAUUGGGAAGCUGUGGACGGCAGCCAGAGCGAGACCAAAAAGAAGCACCUGUUCAUCAACGUCUGCCACCGGGUGCUGCCGCGGGGCGCGGCUGGGGGCUGCCCCGCGGACGCGGCCGUGUGCGCUGUCGAUAAGAAUGGGAGUAAAAGUCUCGGCAAAUUCCUUUCUUCUCCCACAAAAGAGAAAGGAAGCAUCCAGCUGUCCUACACGGACGGCGACGAGUGUGCUCCCGGCAGGAAGACGGCCACGAACAUAACGCUCAUCUGCAAGCCAGGCGACCUGGAGAGCGCCCCGGUGCUGCGGGCCACGGAAGACGAAGGCUGCUUCUACCAGUUCGAGUGGCACACGGCCGCCGCCUGCGUGCUGGCCCGGGCGGAGGGCACCAACUGCUCCGUGUUCGACUCCCAGGCAGGGUUUUCUUUUGACUUGUUACCGCUCAUGAGGAAAAACGGCACCUAUAAAGUGGAGACCGACAAAUACGACUUCUACAUAAACGUGUGUGGCCCCGUGUUUGCCGAGCCUUGCCCAAACACCUCGGGGGCCUGUCAGGUCACGAAAAGUGACGGGAAGGCCUGGAACCUGGGGCAGAGCAACUCUAAGCUGUCCUAUUACGACGGGAUGAUCCAGCUGACCUACAAAGACGGGACGCCCUAUAACAACGCCAGGCACACGCCCAGGACCACGCUGAUCACGUUCCUCUGCGACCGGGAAGCGGGCGUCGGCUUCCCCGAGUACCAGCAAGAGGAUAACUCGACCUACAACUUCCGGUGGUACACGAGCUACGCCUGCCCGGAGGAGCCCCUGGAGUGCGUGGUGAUCGACCCGCUGUCACUGGAGCAGUACGACCUGUCCAGCCUGGCGAAGGCCGACGGCGGCCAGGCGGCCAACUGGUACGCCAUGGACAACGCCGGGGAGCGCAGCACGUGGAGGAAGUACUACAUCAACGUGUGCCGGCCCCUGAAGCCGGUGCCCGGCUGCGAGCGCUACGCCGCCGCCUGCCAGAUGAAGUACGACAAGUCGCAGGGUGCCUACUCGGAGGCGGUCUCCAUCAGCAACCUGGGCAUGGCCGAGACGGGCCCCACCGUGGAGGACAGCGGCAGCCUCCUCCUCGAGUACGUCAACGGCUCGGCCUGCACCACCAGCGACGGGACGCUCACCACCUACACCACCAGGAUCCACCUCGUCUGCUCCCGGGGCAGCCUGAACACCCACCCCAUAUUCUCCCUUAACUGGGAGUGUGUGGUCAGCUUCCUGUGGAACACCGAGGCCGCCUGCCCCGUGCAGAUCACCACGGACACGGACCAGGCCUGCUCCAUCAAGGACCCUAACAGUGGGUACCUGUUUGACUUCAACCCACUCAACAAUUCCCAGGGAUAUGUGGUCUCGGGCAUCGGGAAGACUUUCGUGUUCAACGUGUGCGGCACAAUGUCUGUCUGUGGCACCCUCGAGGGGAAGCCCGCUUCUGGCUGUGAGGCCGAGAGCCAGACAGAAGACCUGAAGAACCUGAAGCCAGUCAGGCCAAUGAUUCUGUCCAGCCUCCAGCUGUCCACGGAGGGCCUGAUCACGCUGACCCUCAGAGGGAAUGCAGACCCCAGCAAAGGGACCUCUGGUGCGUUCAUUAUCCGCUUUGUUUGCAACGAUGACGUCUACCCGGGAAACCCCACGUUCCUGCAUCAAGAUAUCGACUCGAACCUCGGGAUCCGUGACACUUACUUCGAGUUUGAAACCGCGCUGGCCUGCGUCCCCUCCCCGGUGGACUGCCAAGUCACGGACGCUGCUGGCAACGAGUAUGACCUGAGCGGCCUGAGCAAAGUCCGGAAGCCUUGGACUGCCGUGGACUCCUCAGACGAAGGCAAGAGGAGGACUUUCUACUUGAGCGUCUGCAACCCUCUGCCCUAUAUUCCCGGGUGCCAUGGCAGCGCAGUGGGGUCCUGCCUGGUGACGGAGGAGAAGAGCUGGAGCCUGGGCGUGGUGCAGAUCAGCCCGCAGAUGGCCGCCAACGGGUCCCUGAGCCUCGUCUACGUCAACGGCGACAAGUGUGGGGACCAGCGCUUCUCCACCAGGAUCUCCUUGGAGUGUGCCCAGACCUCGGGGUCGCCGACCUUCCAGCUUCUGGACAACUGUGAAUACGUGUUUGUCUGGAGGACCGUGGAGGCCUGCCCUGUCGUCCGAGCCGAAGGAGAAAACUGCGAGGUCAGGGACCCCCGGCACGGCCACCUGUACAACCUGAAGCCCCUGUCCCUGAACGACACGCUCGUGACCGCCGGCGAGUACACCUACUACUUCCGGGUCUGCGGGCAGCUGUCCUUGAGCGUCUGCCUCGGCGGCGAGAAGUCCAAGCCGGUCUCAUCGUGCCAGGAGAAGCGGGGCCCCCAGGGGUUCCAUAAGGUGGCAGGUCUGGUGACGCAGAAGCUGACCUACGAGAACGGGCUGCUGAAGAUGAACUACACCGGCGGGGACCGCUGCCACCAGGUGUACGAGCGCUCCACCACCAUCUACUUCUACUGCGACCGCGCCCCCCAGAGGCCCGUGUUCCUGAAGGAGACCUCGGACUGCUCGUACCUGUUCGAGUGGCGGACCCCAUACGCCUGCCCGCCCUUUGACGUGACGGAGUGCUCUUUCAAAGACACGGCUGGAAACACCUUCGACCUGUCGUCCCUGUCGAGGUACACGGACAACUGGGAAGCGGUGACCAGCACGGGGGCCACCGAGCACUACCUCAUCAACGUCUGCAAGUCUCUGUCUCCGCAGGCGGGCUUGGAGCCCUGCCCGCCGGAAGCGGCCGUGUGCCUGCUGAGCGACUCCAAGCCCGUGAACCUGGGCCGGGUGAGCGACGGCCCGAGUUGGAAAGAUGGCGCCACGGUCCUCAUGUACGUGGAUGGGGACUGGUGUCCGGACAAGGUCCGGAAGAGGUCGACCACCAUCCGCUUCACCUGUAGCGACAAGCAUGCCGUAAGUGACGGCGCUCUCAGCCCGGCAUUGCGCGUGGGGACAGGCGGCCCUGGGCGCCGCGACCCCUGCUCGCUGACCGUGCCCUGGACCCCUCCCUCUGCAGGACACCUGUUCGACCUGACCUCCCUUGGGGGCAGAGUCGGGCACACAGCUGCCUACAGCGAGAAGGGGCUCGUCUUUAUCAGCAUCUGCGGGGAGAACGAGAACUGCCCCCCCGGCGUGGGCGCCUGCUUCGGGCAGACCAGGAUCAGCGUGGGCAAGGCCAACCAGAGGCUGACCUACGUGGACCAGGUCCUGCAGCUGGUGUACAAGGACGGGUCCCCCUGCCCUUCCAAAACCGGCCUGACUUACAAGAGCGUCAUCAGCUUCGUGUGCCGGCCCGAGCCCGGCCCUACCAACAGACCCAUGCUCAUCUCGCUGGACAAGCAGACGUGCACGCUCUUCUUCUCCUGGCACACGCCGCUGGCCUGCGAGCAGGUGACGGAGUGUUCCGUGAGGAACGGGAGCGCCCUCAUCGACCUGUCCCCGCUCAUCCACCGCACCGGGGGCUACGAGGCCUACGACGAGAGCGAGGACGACGACGAGUCGGACGUCAACCCUGACUUCUACAUCAACAUCUGCCAGCCGCUCAACCCCAUGCACGGGGUGGCCUGUCCCGCCGGAUCGGCCGUGUGCAAAGUCCCCGUGGAUGGGAACCCCAUAGACAUCGGCCGCGUCUCAGGACCUCCGUCCUUCAACCCUGUGGCCAACGAGAUCUACUUGAACUUCGAGAGCAGCACACCCUGUGCAGCAGACAAGCUCUUCAACUACACCUCCCUGAUCGUGUUCCACUGCAAGAGGGGCGUGAGCAUGGUGGUCAGGGGCCUCAGCUGUCCGCGUGUUGCCGUCAUCGGCACACCGGUCACAUGCGGACUGCCUGUCCACUCACUGCCUGGCACUCUGGGUCUUGGAGGGGCAGGCAAGGGAGAGCACGGCCUGGGGGCUCUCGGGGGCCGCGAUGGAGCUGACGGGCAGCGAGGGAGCGCAGGGACAGGUGGGAGCUGGGCCCCGGCCGAGGCGGCUGACCCUCGCCCCACCGCCCCAGUGAACAGCCACCGGAUGUCCGCCAUCAUCUUCAAGUGCGACGAGGAGGCGGACCUCGGGAGGCCGCAGGUGCUCAGCGAGACCCAGGGCUGCGAGGUGACCUUCGAGUGGAAGACCAAGGUGGUAUGCCCGCCCAGGAAGAUGGAGUGCAAGUUCGUCCAGAAGCACAGGACCUAUGACCUGCGCCUGCUGUCCUCGCUCACUGGCUCCUGGCUCCUCAGCCACGACGGGGCCUCCUACUACAUCAACCUGUGCCAGAAGGUGUAUCAAGGGCCCCUCGGCUGCUCUGACAGGGCCAGCAUUUGCCAGAAGACCAACACUGGCCACGUCCAGGUGCUGGGACUCAUUCACACGCAGAAGCUGGACGUGGACGGGGACAAGGUCAUCGUGACUUACUCCAAAGGUUAUUCUUGCGGCAAGAAUCUCACGGUGUCCACCGUCAUCGAGCUGACCUGUGCCACGACGGUGGGCAAGCCUGCCUUCAAUAGGUUCGACGAGGAUACCUGCACCUACCACUUCAGCUGGGCCUCGCGGGCCGCCUGUGCCGUGAAGCCACAGGAGGUGCAGAUGGUCAAUGGAACCAUCAUCAACCCUGCCAACGGCAAGAGCGUCAGCCUCGGGGACAUUUACUUCAAGCUCUUCAGUGCCUCUGGGGACAUCAGGGCGAAUGGGGACAAGUACCUGUACGAGAUCCAGCUCUCCUCCAUCACCAGCUCCUCGAAUCCAGCCUGCGCCGGCGCCAGUGUGUGCCAGGUGAAGCCCCACGACCAGCACUACAGUAGGAAAGUGGGCACUUCUGAGAAAACCAAGUACUACCUGCAAGAUGGUGACCUCGACGUGGUGUUCACCUCCUCGUCCAAGUGCGGGAAGGAUAAGACGAAGUCCGUCUCUUCCACCAUCUUCUUCCACUGUGACCCGGACGCGAAGGACGGGAUCCCGGAGUUCAGCCACGAGACAGCCGACUGCCAGUACCUCUUCUCCUGGCACACGGCCGCGGUGUGCCCGCUGGGGGUGGGCUUUGACGGUGACUCCACGGAGGACCAGCCAGAGCACAAGGGGCUGUCGGAGAGGAGCCAGGCCGUGGGGGCCGUCCUGAGCCUGCUGCUGGUGGCGCUGACCGCCUGUCUGCUGGCCUUGCUGCUUUACAAGAAGGAGAGACGGGAGACGGUGUUCAGCAAGCUGACCAGCUGCUGCAGACGGAGCGCAGACGUGUCCUACAAGUACUCUAAGGUCAACAAGGAAGAGGAGGCGGAUGAGAAUGAGACCGAGUGGCUGAUGGAGGAGGUCCAGGUGCCGGCCCCGCGGCCCGCCAAGGACGGGCAGGAGAACGGCCACGUCGCUGCCACGGCAGCCACGGCCGAAGCCCUCACGUCUCUGCGCGGAGAUGACCAGGACAGCGAGGAUGAGGUGCUGACCGUGCCAGAGGUGAAAGUUCACUCGGGCCGAGGGGCGGGGGCCGAAAGCCUGCACCCGGCGAGGAACCCCCCGAGGAAGGGGCUGCGGGAGAGCGCGGACGGCAGGCUGGGCGACGAGGACCUGCUGCACAUCUGA